GCGACGCUCUUUUGACAGCCUUCUUCUGCGGCGGCUCUGGAAGGUUCUCACCGGCACCGGGCUGAAAAGAACCGAAAUCUGUGUCCAUCUGUCUUCAGACCGGACCGCAUUCACCCCGCCACCCCUCAUCCGUGAUCUACAAACCCUCCGUCACAUUUUACAUCAAAAACUGAAAGAAAAGUUGUGAUACCCGAAGCGAUGGCCGCAUCUAAAACCUCUGCCAGGGGCAACAAAGGAGGGGCGUAUGUGGAUCGCGACAAGCCAGCGCAAAUCCGCUAUAGCAAUAUUUCUGCAGCUAAAGCUGUAGCCGAUGCCAUUAGAACAAGUCUGGGACCCAAAGGAAUGGACAAAAUGAUCCAGGAUGAGAAAGGAGACGUCACCAUCACCAAUGAUGGAGCAACUAUCCUCAAACGGAUGCAAGUCCUUCACCCUGCUGCCAAAAUGUUGGUGGAGCUGUCCAAGGCCCAGGACAUUGAGGCUGGUGACGGUACAACUUCUGUGGUGGUGAUCGCUGGAGCUCUGUUGGACGCCUGCUCCAAACUGCUGCAGAAAGGUAUCCACCCGACCACAAUCUCAGAGUCUUUCCAGAAAGCAGUGGACAAAGGGGUGGAGGUCCUCACUGCCAUGAGUCGCCCUGUGGAGCUGUCAGACCGUGAAACGUUGCUGAAUAGCGCUACCACCUCCCUGUGUUCUAAGGUGGUAUCACAGUACUCCAGUCUGCUCGCUCCCAUGAGCGUGGAUGCCGUUAUGAGGGUGAUUGACCCCAAAACAGCCACUGGUGUCGACCUGCAAGACAUUAAGAUUGUCAAGAAACUUGGUGGGACCAUUGAUGACUGUGAGCUGGUGGAUGGUCUGGUGCUGACUCAGAGAGUGUCCAACACUGGAGUGACCAGAGUGGAAAAGGCAAAGAUCGGACUCAUUCAGUUCUGCCUCUCACCUCCAAAAACAGAUAUGGACAAUCAAAUCGUAGUGUCAGACUAUGCUCAGAUGGACAGAGUGCUGAGGGAGGAGAGAGCCUACAUCUUGAACCUUGUCAAACAAAUUAAAAAGGCCGGUUGCAACGUGCUACUCAUCCAGAAGUCCAUCCUCAGAGAUGCUCUGAGUGACCUCGCGCUGCACUUCCUCGUCAAAAUGAAGAUAAUGGUGUUAAAGGAAAUUGAGAGGGAAGAAAUUGAGUUCAUCUGCAAGACAAUUGGAACCAAACCCAUUGCUCAUAUCGACCAUUUCACUGCAGAGAUGCUUGGAACAGCAGAACUGGUGGAAGAAGUCAAUCUUGAUGGAUCUGGGAAACUUGUAAAGAUCACGGGCUGCACAAAUGCAGGGAAAACUGUCAGCAUCAUAGUUCGAGGGUCCAACAAACUGGUGAUUGAGGAGGCAGAGCGCUCCAUCCAUGACGCCCUGUGUGUCAUCCGCUGCCUGGUCAAGAAGAGGGCUCUUAUUGCCGGAGGUGGUGCCCCUGAGAUUGAACUGGCGGUGCGACUGGCUGAAUACUCCCGUACACUAGGGGGCAUGGAGGCCUACUGUGUCCGGGCCUACGCCGAUGCUCUGGAGGUAAUCCCGUCCACGCUGGCAGAAAAUGCCGGACUCAACCCCAUUGCCACGGUGACGGAGCUGCGCAACAGGCACGCCCAGGGAGACAAGAUGGCGGGGAUCAAUGUCCGCAAGGGCGGGAUCUCUAAUAUCCUGGAGGAGUUGGUGGUGCAGCCUUUGCUUGUUUCUAUCAGUGCUCUGACUUUUGCCACUGAGACAGUCCGCAGUAUCCUCAAAAUCGAUGAUGUGGUGAACACCCGAUAAAUUUGCUCUUACUGUCCUAAAGUUCUGCAGCGACCAGAGGACCGACCAGUGUCUGUUCAGAUUUCUCUGUAGUUGUUACAUUCAGUAAUUUAAUAAAAGGCUGUUUUUGUUGACACUCCA